AAACCACUUUCCAAAAUCGCUCACUUAAAUUAAUUGACAGUCCAUUAGAUUUACCUUUCGAGUGAACUGGAAUUCCCUUACGUAGUGACAUAAUUUGCUUCAGGACCGCUGCCGUAUACAAACAUGUCACGUCUCUACGGUCUUUUAAUGUUUCCACUUUAUUUACAAGUUUUUGGCUAUCAUGAAAUACCUAAUUCGAAUUCUACACAGCCUGCCACAAUUGCGGUACUUGUUUAUCCUGACAUUGUUUUACAGAAUGUUUCGUCACGAUUCCUUUCUGUUACAAUUGACACACGCACUCUGAAAAAAAAUUGGGAACAUCUGAAUAUCAGUUCUCCCAAAGUACAAGCUUUGGCUCGUGGGCUGUCCCCUGUAUAUCUGAGGAUUGGUGGAACUUUAGAAGACUUUCUCUAUUUUCAUGAUGAUUCCAGUGCCUUAGAAAACGUGAACGACAUCUUGAAGCCAUUUAAUAUAACUGGCCAUAAGAUCGAUUCCCUCUUUAAGUUUUCCAAUUCUGUCCACUGGGAUGUUGUUUUUGGUUUGAAUAUGUUGAAUCGACGACAUGGUAGAUGGGACGCUGAUAAUGCAGUGAGACUGCUUCAGUAUAUUGCUAAAAAGGGCUACCCUGUGGCUGCCCUUGAAUUAGGAAAUGAACCAGAUGUCUACCAACUGAUUCUGCCUCACAGACCGGAUCCAACGAUCUUAGGAAGUGAUUUUUCAUAUCUUCGUUCUAUCAUGGAUCAGAUACCACAUUUCAAGGGAACAAAACUGGUGGGGCCUGAUGUCACUAACCUAUGUGUUACUCAAUCGUCAUAUAAAAAUUUCUUUAAAAAAUACCUAGAUGCGGCCCACACUUCCUUGGAUGCUGUUACUCUACAUCAAUAUUAUCUUGAUGGUAAAUAUGCCAAACUUUCGCAGUUUUACGAUGUAGCAGUUAUGGACUAUUUGGAAAAGGAACUUGCUUCAGCCAAUGAUAUUUUGAGAAACCAUGCUCCAGGAAAGAAACUUUGGCUUGGAGAAACAAGUGCAGCCUGGGAUUCUGGUGCUGCUAACGUCUCGAAUUCAUAUGUUGCUGGAUUUUUGUGGUUGGAUAAACUUGGAUUAGCUGCCAAAUACGGAGUUGAAAUUGUGAUGAGACAAGACUUCUAUGGUGGAAACUAUGGACUGAUCCAGUAUAAGAAUCUGGACCCAAACCCAGAUUAUUGGUUGAGUCUCUUGUUCAAGACAUUGGUUGGUGGCCCAGUUUUUGAAACUGUUGCCUUAGAUCCUACAAACCAUAUCAGAGUUUAUACACAUUGUACCAACUUACGAAGGACAAAAUAUGGUCCUGGUGCAAUGACUGUUUACUUCCUGAAUGUAUUUUCAAAGAAAACUGUUGCCGUUGAUUUUCCUAAAUACAGUAACCAAAUUGUUCAUUUGUACCUGUUGGAACCUGCAGAUGAAAUGGGUCUCAAGUCAAGGAAUGUCAAGUUAAAUGGAAUCCCACUUCACUUAUUAAAUAACAACCAGUUACCUUCUUUUAAGCCGAAACCACAGAGACUACCAGUCCUCAUACCACCAUUAACAUUUGGCUUUAUUGUUCUUCCGAAUGCCAAUGCAAGGCCUUGCUACAUAUAGAAAAGGCAUUGUCCUAAACCAUUUAAAUUUAAAGAGUUCUGUAAUGAAGAAGUCAUUUAAAAGCAAAUUACACUUAAUUCUUUGUUGAUUCCACAAUUUCAACAUGGACAAAAUUUAACAAUUCAACUAAAUUUGUUUCAUAUUUUUACAUAAGAUUUAUCAUGUCUACAUAACAUUUUUUUAAAUCAAUUGCUGGAUGAAGACAAUAAUAAAAAAAAAUCAAUAAGAGAUUUAUAAUUUUUGAUAAA